GGUGAUGUCGGUGAUGUCCAUCACUAAAAUACACGAGGAGACACGCCGCAGCAUUGAGAAUUCUCGGUGGUCUCCGUGCACUCGUUGGAAGAAAUUUAUGCCACGACACCUUUCAGCAACCGGAAUCCACGGUGGAUGGAGCUCAGGGUCCGGAGGCUCCGCAGGGGCCGCCGGCAGCGCUGCAAGGAUGGGCGGCUGUCGCUGCUGAAGGCGGCGCUGCAGAGGAGCUUCGACGAGGCGAAGGAGCGGAGGCAGAUGGAGAGACCAGGCUGCGAAAAGGUGGAGGAGGACGAAGAGGUGGAAGAGGACGAAGUAGUGGAAGACGGUGAUGCGUUGGAAGAAAGGAAGGAGGCAGAAGAGGGUGCAAAUUUAAAAGAGGGUGAAGAGCAUGAAGAAGGUGGUGGCGAGAGCUGCGGGAAGGCUCAGGCAAAUCACAACUGCAGAAAACCAGCUACUGUCGUGAGCACCUCCCCACCCACUAGUGAAGCACAAUGCAGUCCACCUGUGGCCGAAAAUGAUGAAGACCUCGAUGAACUGGCCAUGUUGAGUGAAGAUCAGCAUGUGUAUGAAUUGAAAGAGAUCACUGACCAUAAGGAUGUAUGUGAAUGUAAUAUGACUGAAGACCAGCACGUGUGUGUGUGGAAUACAAUGAAUGGAGAUCAGGAUGGGUGCAAAUGGGUUCUGACUUCGGAAAAGCAGGGCAUGUGUGAGUGGAAUAUGGUGACUGAUGACAAGGACAUGUAUGAAUGUAAAGUGAUGAAUGAAGAAAUGCGUGAGUGGGAUCCAAUGGUAUCCACAUUGUUGCAGGCUACAACAGCAGAAGAGCAGGACCACACGCCAACAUCCCCAACUGAAGGGAUGAGUUUGAAUGAAAUGGACACGUGGUCGGGCUUUGAUGAUGUCCUCAUAGAUUUGUGAGAUGACAGACUAGCUCAUUGUGUGUGUGUGUGUGUGUGUGUGUGUGUGUGUGUGUGUGUGUUUGUGUGAAAAAGAGCAAAAGAGAGAGAGAGAGAGAGAGAUUCGUAUUUGGCCUUGUUGUUCGACUGAUGUAGCCUGCAACAUAGUAGACACAUUUGGGUCCGACUUGCACGAUAUCUGAUCUUCAGUGAACAUGGCCAGCUCGUUGGGGUAAGAUUCAUUCAAGUCAGGCAGGUGGGAAGUAGAUGAACAGUUGAAUGACGAAAAAUAGCCAGUGUGGGACGCAUUGACAAGGGUCCUCAUGUACCUGAAUUAAUUUUGAAAGACAUAUUUGAACUUUUGCACUGCCUUGUAACAUUCAUCUU